UCGCACAACGCCAUUGCUCUCUCUCUCUCUCUCUCUCUCUCUCUACACUAUCACCAUUUGCAUACACCUCACUGUCUCAUACUGUCCCUCUCUCUCCUCCUCUCUCUCUCCAUCUUCUUCUGCGAUAUCCAAUCAGGAGCUCAGCUCUUCGCUGUCCGGCCAUUGCUAUAAUCAGAGAAGGAUUUUCGGUCAUUUGAGCUGACUCGCUAGGAACCAGGUUAUAAGUCGUACGUGGGACGACAUUAUAGGUAUGGACUCUGCUCAGUCCCUGCAGAGAAGGGGAGGUUUGGUCUCCCUUUCCCCAUCACAGACUCCGAGGUCCAGUGAUAAGUCGGCGCGGGAUCUGCGCUCAGCCGACUCCAAUUCGAGCAACAAGUAUGAUAAGGAUAAGGGUGUAAACGUGCAGGUUAUAGUGCGUUGCAGGCCACUGAAUGAUGAUGAGUUGAGAAUACAUACACCCGUGGUGGUCUCAUGUAAUGAGGGUAGGAAAGAGGUUUCUGCCAUCCAGACUAUAGCCAAUAAGCAGAUUGAUAGAACCUUCAUGUUUGACAAGGUAUUUGGUCCCACAUCCCAGCAAAAGGACUUGUUUGAUCAAGCUGUGUCGCCAACUGUGUUUGAAGUGCUUGAGGGAUACAACUGCACUAUUUUUGCCUAUGGUCAGACAGGAACAGGGAAAACAUACACAAUGGAAGGAGGUGCCCGAAAAAAGAAUGGAGAAUUCCCAGUUGAUGCGGGGGUUAUUCCUAGAGCAGUCAGGCAAAUAUUUAAUAUACUGGAAGCACAAAAUGCAGAAUACAGUAUGAAAGUUACAUUCCUAGAGCUGUACAAUGAGGAGAUCACAGAUCUGUUAGCUCCUGAAGAAUGUUCCAAGUUCACUGACGACAAGUCUAAGAAACCCAUAGCUCUUAUGGAAGAUGGGAAGGGAGGUGUAUUUGUUAGAGGCUUAGAAGAAGAGAUAGUGUAUUCGGCAAACGAGAUCUACAAGAUACUGGAGAAGGGCUCUGCCAAGCGGCGCACAGCUGAGACUCUUCUCAACAAGCAAAGCAGUCGUUCACACUCCAUAUUUUCAAUUACAAUCCAUAUUAAAGAAUGUACUCCAGAGGGAGAGGAGAUGAUUAAGUGCGGGAAGUUAAAUCUAGUUGAUCUAGCUGGUUCUGAGAACAUUUCACGUUCUGGUGCCAGAGAGGGCAGAGCUAGGGAAGCUGGGGAAAUCAACAAAAGCUUGCUCACACUCGGACGAGUUAUUAAUGCACUGGUUGAGCACUCUGGUCACAUUCCAUAUAGGGAUAGCAAACUAACAAGAUUGUUGAGGGAUUCCCUUGGAGGAAAAACGAAGACAUGCAUCAUUGCUACGAUAUCACCAUCCGUCCACUGCUUGGAAGAGACACUUAGCACUUUGGAUUAUGCACAUCGAGCGAAAAAUAUCAAGAAUAAGCCGGAGGUUAAUCAGAAGAUGAUGAAAUCUGCAGUGAUCAAGGACUUAUACUCUGAAAUCGAUCGUCUUAAGCAAGAGGUAUAUGCUGCAAGAGAGAAAAACGGAAUCUAUAUACCACGAGACCGCUAUCUUCUUGAAGAGGCUGAAAAAAAGGCUAUGGCUGAAAAGAUAGAACGGAUGGAACUCGAAACAGAAUCUAAAGAGAAGCAAUUCAUGGAGGUCCAGGAGCUCUACAAUUCUCAGCUACUUUUGGCCGCAGAGAUGGGCAAUAAACUUGAAAGAACUGAGAAAAAACUCGAGGAAACUGAACAUUCACUUUUUGACCUUGAGGAGAAGCACAGACAAGCAAAUGCAACAAUAAAAGAGAAGGAAUUUCUGAUAUUGAAUCUCCUUAAAUCUGAAAGAGUACUUGUUGAUCGCGCAUUUGAGAUACGUGCGGAGUUGGAGAAUGCCGCAUCGGAUGUUUCCAGUUUAUUUGCCAAAAUCGAACGCAAGGACAAAAUUGAAGAUGAAAACAAAAUACUCAUACAGAAUUUUCAAUCCCAGCUCAGUCAACAGCUUGAAGCAUUGCAUAAGACUGUGGCCGCUUCUGUGACACAUCAAGAGGAGCAACUGAAGGACAUGGAAGAAGAUAUGCAGUCCUUCGUGUCCACAAAAUCAGAGGUCACUCAACAACUUCGAAAACAACUAAGAAGACUCAGAGAGGUGUAUGAUUCUGGUGUAAAAAAUUUGGACAAUAUAGAUGGGGAGCUUGAUGAGAAUUCUCGAUCCACUUUUUCAAGUCUCAAUUCUGAGGUUUCUAAGCACUCAUGUAGACUUGAAGAACUCUUCAAAGGAAUUGCUUCGGAUGCUGAUACACUACUAAAUGAGCUUCAUAAUAGUCUUCUCAAACAAGAGGAGAUGCUGAUAUCGAAUGCACAGCAACAACGCAAGGCGCAUGCAAGAGCAGUGGAAACUGCAAGAUCAGUUUCUAAAAUCACAGUCAACUUCUUUGAGACUCUGGACAUGCAUGCGACCAAGCUAAACCAGAUCGUGGAAGAUGCACAAACUGUAAAUGAUCUAAAGCUGUCUGAACUUGAGAAGAAAUUUGAGGAAUGUGCUGCCAAUGAAGAAAGGCAAAUGCUAGAAAAAGUAGCAGAGCUGUUUGCAAGUUCAAAUGCAAGGAAGAAAAAGCUGGUUCAAAUGGCUGUGCAAAAUCUUCGGGAGAGUGCAACUAGCAGAGCCGCCAAACUGCAAGAGGAAAUGUCAACUAUGGUAGAUUCCGCUUCAACUGUGAAGGAAGAAUGGACCGUGCACAUGGAAAAGACAGAGUCACAAUAUAAUGAGGACAACUCUGCUGUGGAAGUUGGGAAAAAGGCUCUGGAGGAAGUGCUCCAGAACUGUUUUAGGAAGACAAAAAUGGGUGCAGAACAAUGGAAGAAUGCCCAAGAAUCUUUGAUCAGUCUAGAGAAGAGGAAUGUGGCUUCUGUCGAUUCCAUUGUUAGGAAAGCUGUCAAAGUCAAUCAGAACCUACGUGCUCAAUUUUCUUCUACUUUGUCUGCUACACUUGAUGAUGUUGAUGUUGCAAACAGUGACAUACUGUCAUCAAUCAAUGAUUCACUACAGCUUGACCAAGAUGCAUGUGCAAACCUCAAAUCUGUAAUUGCCCCUUGUUAUGGGCAUAUGGGGGAAUUGAAGGGUGGCCACUACGACAAAAUUUUGGAGAUCACGGAAGAUUCAGGGAAAUGUCUUCUCGAGGAAUAUGAGGUGGAUGAACCGACCUGCUCAACACCAAGAAGGAGACAGUUUAAUUUACCUACCAUUUCGUCCAUUGAAGAACUGCGAACUCCUGCUUUCGAGGAACUGCUCAGAUUAUUCUGGGAUAUGAAAUCUUCAAAGCAAGCAAACGGAGACACAAAGUACGUUCUGGGUCUAAAUGAGUCGGCACAAUCAGUGAGGGACUCCAGACUUCCACUCACAGCUAUCAACUGAAGAGCUUGGGAAGAGGAAGUUGAUGAUUGUGUGUAUAUAGUAUAUAAAUUCUCUUUAUUUUUUUACCCAGACCAAGUUCAUUUAUUGUUUAGUCCUAUGUUUGUUUUUUCUUCUUGGAAAAGGAGGAGUAUGUACCAGCAUGUUCUCUUUCAAUUUUUUAUGCACGAGGAAAUUCCAGUUCCUGUGCAUAUAUAGUAUCUGGUAGGUCAUUCUUAGCAAGGAUUUCUUGCAUACACGGACUUUUUUAGUGGAUUAUUCACAUUACUCUUUUCAA